GCGUCCAGCACGCCCUCAUCCGCAUCUUCCUGUGAUGAAGACGAAGUUAAUGCUCGUGUUUCGCCUGACUGGGCGAAACACCGCUGUCAUAUCGAACGCAGGGGCUUCCGUUUGGACACUGUCCGGGAUGUAAAAGAUUAUUAUCAGCACCAUUGCAGCAACAUCGAGAAGCGAGAGCUACACGCAUAUUUGUCCGGCUAUUACCGCGCCCUUGCGAGGACCGACGAAGAUGCUCUUUGCAAAGAUGCUGGUCUGCGAGAAAGCCUCUUCAGGGCAACCCGUUGUCGAGAUGGGAUGAAGGUAAUGGUUAAGGCGGUACAUCGGGAUAGCAGGGAGCUUGACAUUGUCCGGUAUCUGUCUGCGCCAGCUCAACAGCGGGAUCCCAUGAAUCACUGUAUACCUAUUCUUGAUUUGAUUGAUGCGCCGCAGGAUGAUAUAUGUUUCAUUGUUAUGGAGGAAUGGUCACCAAAUAUGUUUCCAGAGGCUCCAGUCAGUCUGGGCUAUCUCCUGGUAGCAUUGUACCAUUGUAUAGAGCAUAUUGCAUUCAUGCAUCGACAUCGCAUCGCGCACUUUGACAUCUCGCUGCGCAACUUCCUCACGGAUUAUAACGGUCGCUAUGCUUGCAUAGAUUAUGAGCUCAGUCACCGAAUAGAUGAGCCAUCUAGUCCACGGAUACUGUGCUCUCGAGGGACGGAGGUGCCACCAGAAGUCGAGCGUGGUCGACCAAGUAACCCGUAUAUGGUCGAUGUAUGGGCACUGGGGGUUCUGAUUCUCAGAGCGUGCAAGCUCGCUGAAUUUCAUGUUCCUGAAGUUGUGGAUAUAGCUAAAUCGAUGCUUAACGAAAACCCUGAUAAGCGGCCGCCCGUCGCUGCAGUGCUGAGGGAAUUUCAGCGAGUAGUGGCGGCGAUG